CUUCUCGUGAUGACGGCUAACGUUAGCUAGCGCUGUAAUCCGAACGGGGGAGUUCAGGAACGCUGUGGAAUAGACGUUUCGAGCUAGCGACUUAUUGGUUACUGAAAUUAUUUCACGGUUAUAGGGAAUCCGUAAACAACUGGUAUACUAAACAACUUGUUUGUCCUUUGCCUCUCUGCGUGAGCUGGUAAAGAUGGUGAAGCCAGACAUCCACACUCUGGCCCAUCACCUGAAGCAGGAGCGGCUGUAUGUGGCCUCAGAGAAGCAGCUGAUCCAGCGGCUCAAUGGGGACGUGCUGAAGACUGCUGAGAGGCUGUACCGUGCUGCCUGGAUCACCAAGCAGCAGAGGAUCAACCUUGACCGUCUCAUCCUCACCAGUGCUGAGGCUUCCCCGGCCGAAUGCUGCCAACAUGCCAAAGUGCUGGAGGACACACAGUUCCUGGACGGCUACAAGACUCUGGGCUUCCAGGAGAGCAUCUAUGGGGAGUUCCUUGGCCGGGUGCGGGAGAAUCCACGGCUGGUGGCCUCCUGCCUGGUGGCUGGGGAGAGGCUGAACCAGGAGCACACACAGGGGGUCAUUUACACUGUCUUUACCUCACUCUACGGCAACUGUAUCAUGCAGGACGAUGAGAGCUACCUGCUGCAGGUCCUCCGCUACUUGGUGGAGUUUGAGCUGAAGGAGAGCGACAACCCUCGGAGGCUGCUGCGUCGAGGCACGUGCGCCUUCAGCAUCCUCUUCAAGCUCUUCUCUGAGGGGCUGUACUCAGCCAAGCUCUUCCUCACUGCCACCCUCCACGAGCCCAUCAUGCAGCUGCUGGUGGAGGACGAGGACCACCUGGAGACGGACCCCUCCAAGGUGACUGAGCGCUUCACGCCGGCCCAGCAGGAGCGCCUGUUUGGGGAGAAGGGCUCAGAGGGCUACAGGCAGAAGGUGGCGGCUGCUGUGGAGGCCAACGAGGCCAAGCUGGUGACCCUGGUCAACAAGUUCAUCGGCUACCUGAAGCAGAACACCUACUGCUUCCCCCACAACCUGCGCUGGAUUGUGUCUCAGAUGUACAAGACGCUGUCGUGCGUGGAGAGGCUGGAGGUGGGUGAGGUGCGGACCAUGUGCACAGACCUGCUGCUCACCUGCUUCAUCUGCCCAGCCAUAGUCAACCCUGAGCAGUAUGGCAUAAUCUCAGAUGCCCCUAUCAACGAGGUGGCCCGCUUCAACCUCAUGCAGGUAGGGCAGCUUCUUCAACAGUUGGCAAUGGCUGACGAUGAUGGAGACCCCAGGAGGAAAAACAGUUUGGCCAAGUUCGAUAAGAGCUGCGUAGCUGCCUUCCUGGAUGUGGUAAUCGGAGGGAGAGCUGUGGAGACACCGCCCAUGUCCUCCAUGAACCUACUUGAAGGCCUUAGCAGGACUGUGGCGUACAUGACACACAGUCAGCUGCUCUGCCUGGUGGACUUUGUACGGAGUGUGAUGGCAUGGGACCACCUCCGGGAGGAGGAGCACAUGCUCCUGGAGACCCUAAUGGCCAAUGUGCCCCAGUCCCGCACGGUGAAGAGCAACAGUCUGGAGCUCACCCCCUCCAACACCCCCCAGCUCUCCCCAGCCACCACCCCCGCCAACAAGAAGAACAGGAACUUAGGACAACAGUUAGCAACGUCCUGGGACUCCACAACCACAACCCUGUCUGCUCACAUUCCAUUAGUUACCCCUUUUGCAGCCUCCCGCAGUCGCAGCCGUACUGAGCUGGCCCAGCAGGGGGAGGCAGAGGCCAGCUCUUUGGAGUCUCUGCAGGAGGUGAUGCCAGAAGAGGUGCUGGUGAUCUCGCUAGGAAGCAGCCCGCAGACCAUCCCCGGCAUGAUGUCAGAAAAUGAGGUGUUGACCAUGCAGCAGACUGAUGGGGCACAAGGGUUCACUCCUGCAGAUGACACCAAGCACCAUUGCAAACCAGACAAAACCCUGCGUUUCUCCCUCUGCAGUGACAACCUGGAGGGUAUCUCAGAGGGUCCGUCCAACCGGUCUAACUCUGUGUCGUCACUGGACCUGGAGGGAGAGUCUGUGUCAGAGCUGGGAGCUGGGCCAUCAGGAAGCAAUGGGGUGGAGGCUCUACAACUGCUGGAGCAUGAACAUGCCACCACUCAGGACAACCUGGAUGACAAACUGAGGAAGUUUGAGAUCCGAGACAUGAUGGGCCUGACAGAUGACCGGGACAUCUCUGAGACUGUGAGUGAGACCUGGAGCACAGACGUGCUGGGCAGCGACUUUGACCCCAACAUGGACGAAGAUAGACUGCAGGAAAUAGCUGGGGCGGCUGUAGAGAACAUGCUGGGCAGCCUGCUGUGUCUACCAGGCUCCGGCUCAGUGCUGCUAGACCCCUAUGGAUCCACCAUCUCAGAGACCACCAGCGAGGCCUGGAGUGUGGAGGUCCUGCCCAGCGACUCAGAAGCCCCAGACCUGAAGCAGGAGGAACGUCUACAGGAGCUAGAGAGCUGCUCAGGGGUGGGCAGCACCUCCGAUGACACAGAGGUCAGAGAGGUCAGCUCCCGGCCCAGCACCCCAGGGCUCAGCGUCGUCUCAGCGACAUCAGAAGACAUCCCCAACAAAACAGAAGACCUGCGGUCGGAGUGCAGCUCAGACUUUGGGGGGAAGGACUCUGUGACCAGUCCAGAUGGGGAGGAGUCGUCCCACGGAGCACAUCACAGUUUGGCCUCUCCUCCCUCUCAGGCAGACUCCUUACUGGCCAUGUUCGAUCCCCUCUCCUCCGGCGAAGAUUCCUCCACUGGUACCAUCGUGAGGCCCAAGGUGCACUGCGCCAGGCCCCUCCAUCCUCCCCCUGACCCUCCCAUCCCAGAGGCCUGUGCCCUGGGCCAAGAGCCCCGCCACUCCCUGUUCACGCCCCACUGCCUGGCCCAAGCCGAGCUGGAGCACACCAAGCAGCGCCACUCCUUCCCAGACAGGCUGGUACGCAGCCGCAGCUCUGACAUUGUGUGCCCAGGACGUCGGCCCACCAGCGACCCGGGCCUCAACCGCAGGGCUGCAGCCGAGGAGCGGGACCCUGCCGGGGCCUUCUUUAUGGGGCCGUUCUCGUCUCCUAGCAAGGACUCCCUGAAAGGAGAGGUUGAGGAGAGAAAGGACAGUGAUGAGGAAAAGUCUGAUCGCAACAGACCGUGGUGGAAGAAACGCUUUCAGUCAGCCAUUCCCAAAGUGCUGUAUUGGACGGCUGAGAGUGAAGUCCCAGCUCCGAUAGCAGCCUUCCGGAAAAGGGACAAGCAGGAGAAAGACGAUAUGGGCCAUGAACGUGUCCUACAAGACGACCCUAUGUCCAGGACCUCCCAGGCCCAGGCAGCAGAAGACAUCCUUGACAAGUACAGGAAUAUCAAGAGGACCAGUCCCAGUGAAGGAGCCACUGCUGCAGUCUACGACGCCACAGAGUUGUUUGGAGAGGAGUGUGUGCAUGACUCCCCCAGAGACGAAGCUCUGCAGAACAUGUCCACAGACGACCUGCCAGACUCAGCCAGCCAGACGGCCCAGCAACACCACUCCUUCAAGUUCUCAUUCAGUGAUGCAAAGAAGAAGUUGAGACUGGCCUUGUGUUCAGCAGAGUCUGUGGCCUUCCCCCUCAUGGCUCCUGCCACCACACGCAAUGGGCUGCCUGACCACACAGACUCUGAAGACAACGAGAUCGUGUGCUUCCUGAAGGUCCAGCUGGCGGAGGCCAUCAUUCUGCAGGACAAGAACCAGAUGGCCCAGAUCCAGGAGACCACACGCUGCGUCAGCCGCUUCGACGCACGCACCUGCAGGAAGCUGCUGGCAGCCAUUGUUGAGGAUUACAGGAAACGGGCACCCUACAUUGCGUAUCUGACUCGGUGUCGGCAAGGCCUGCAGACAUCCCAUGCCCACCUGGAGAGGCUGCUGCAGAGGGUGCUGAGGGACAAGGAGGUGGCUAACCGAUACUUCACCACAGUCUGUGUUCGCCUCCUACUGGAACACAUGGAGGCUAAGUCGUUGGACUUCAUCAAAGCCUUCCAGGGGUGCACAGCGUCAGACGACAAGACUGCGGCGGUUGAGGACUUCCUGCGCUACCUAUACGGGGCCAUGGCCCAUGAUGCCAUCUGGCAGUACGCCAGUGAGGAUCAGCUGCAGGAUGCCCAGAUGGCCAUCGAGCGCAGCGUCAUGAACCGCAUCUUCAAGCUGGCCUUUUACCCCAACCAGGACGGGGACAUUCUGAGAGACCAGCUUCUUCAGGACCACAUAGUGCGUCUCUCAAAAGUGGUGACAUCAAAUCACAAAGCUCUUCAAAUCCCAGAGGUGUAUGCGAGGGAGGCUCCCUGGCCAUCUGCCCAGUCAGAGAUCCGGACCAUCAGUGCCUACAAGACCCCUCGGGACAAAGUGCAGUGUAUUUUACGCAUGUGUUCCACCAUCAUGAACCUCCUGAGUCUGGCCAAUGAGGACUCUGUCCCCGGAGCUGAUGAUUUUGUCCCUGUGCUCGUCUUUGUCCUGAUAAAGGCAAACCCGCCUUGCCUGCUGUCCACGAUUCAGUACAUCAAUAAUUUCUAUGCCAGCCGGCUGAGUGGGGAGGAGUGCUAUUGGUGGAUGCAGUUCACCGCGGCAGUGGAAUUCAUUAAGACCAUCGACGAUCGCAAGUGAAGCAGAACAGCCACCUGUAUGGGCAGAAGGAGACGGGACUGGGAGACUUCCCAACCAACUGCUCCCUCUCCCUCUCCCUCUGCUUCCCACUUCCACAAGGACUCAGGCCCACACCCUGUCUGUCUGCUCUCUGUUUAUAUAGCUGUACAUAGAGUCAGAGACUGAGAGUAUAUAUAAUUAUGAAGUGGGCAAAAUCCAGGUUUUACAGUGGAGAAAAAGGCCUUGGAAAAAUGGCAGAUGUUAACUUUGAACUUAAUUUCCUUUUUUUUCCUUUCAUCUCUUGGUCUCCUUACACAUGGUGAGGUGUGGGGGUCUGUAUCUGAAAUGUUCUAUCUUAAGUUAUGAUUCUGCCAUUAAAUUGACUGGUAAAAGCUUCUAAUCAGAUGAAAGGGGACCAUGUUUCCUAGAGAUGAUCUCAGAUAUAUGUUGUGGCAGGGGACUUCAUGAAGGUGAGGGAAGUGCUUCCUUGUUAAAUUGUGCAAUCUUUCCCCUGAAAUACUUAUGCUCUUCAGAUGCAUCGUAUCCUGGGGAAUCACAAAACUCAAUAGAUACUGACUGAGUAUUAGUGACUCAAGUACAUUAUAAGAUCAAUCCAUAAUAAUAAUGCUAGUGUUUCUAUUUUUAACGCUAACACAUCAAUAAUAGGGUAGCUUUUUUCAUCAAAUGUAAACAAAUGGAUUCAUUAUUCAGUUUAUCCUUUCCUAAAUACUUGUGGCAAUUUGGACACAAGGGCCCACAUAUUUAUAUAUGAAAUAAAAUGUAUUUAUUUAUUUCAUUCUAUUUAAUGCUUUUUUCUUCUUUUUUUUUCUAUAAAUCACAUAUGCCCAUGUAGGAAAUGUUCAAGCAUGUGUAAGGAUUGAGAUAUUUUAAUAGUGUUAGGAGGACAAGGGGCAGCGUUGUCCUUGGACUGAAAAGCCCCCAGGAUGAGAUGUUGGCUGUUUGCUGCAGCUUAGAUACAGGAUCACCACUGAUCAGCUCCUGCACAGUAUCAGUAGCACUGCUUUUUUGGAAAUACUGAACAUUAGUGCCUUGAGGAGGGGGCGUUUUGUGUAAGGCUGUUCGUUUUCUUUAUAUUCUUGAGAAUGAGGGUUCUGCUCUUGGUUUUCCAUAAAGGAUUGACAUUACUCUCCCAUCCCAUUACCACCAUUGAGCCCCACAGCCUGUCUCUCUGAGAAACCUCUGUGCUGGGAGUGACCUCUCAGGAGGACAGGCUGUGUGUGGAACACCACUGGUUGUUUCAGUUAAUUCCCUUUGCACUAAUUUCCUUCUCAUUACCGUUAUGCCCUUGAAUAUCCAAGAUUCUACCUCAAAGUUAGAACCAAUGAACCUGACAUUUAUUUUUGGGCACAACGCUUUUUAACAUUGGUUGGAUAGAAAGAGUAAUGGAACAGGUAUUCACUGUUCAAGGGGCUGCUAUAGCAUCAUCUUCCCCUAAUACAAUGAGGCAUACUAGUAUGUACUAUUUAUAUUUUAGGCGCGUUAAAGUAACCAUUUGUAUAACAAGGUAGUAAAGCAUUUCCAAACGAACAAGGUUGGGUAUUUCUGUAGAAUGCAUGUAUGUUUCAGCAUAGAGCAGACAGACUAGUGAUUGGAUUAGCUCUCUACCUCCUCACAUGAUCAAGAAAGGGACUCUUUAAAUGUGUAUGCACGCUUGUAUUAUUUUAUUUCUUUUUCCAUUUUAGAGUGCAGGGAUAUUCCAGUUUCAUCAUUUUCUUCCACUUACAGCCAAAGUCACCAAAACUCAACUCCUGUUGUGUUUUCAUUGCAGCUACAAAAGGAACACAUCCCCAUAUGUUUGUUAGCAUUGUGCCAAGUGUUUUGUCUUAUUUAAUGUCUAAAUGACUGCUUUCAUAUCACAGCACAACAAAAAUAACAAAUAAUCAGAACACUGACAUGUUACUGACCGUUGGAAAAAGGCUGUGUUGCGUGUGAGAGGUUUGUACAUUGGAUGUGUGAGAGGUUGGUCUGUUAGACUGCGACUGAUCUGUCCUCUUGCACAAUGUUUUAGGAUGGUCUUCUUACUGUAGCUACAGUACUACUCGACGAGCAGUAAAUCCUUGCUGGUGAAAAACCUAUACAAUACUUCUAGUUUCCAACUCAGGCCAGGUAUGAAAGGGUUGAGAAGAAUGAGGCUGUGUUUUCUUUUGAGUCUGUCCCUGAUGUCAUUCCUUUUUCAAUGUUCAGAGCUGUACAAGGUUAGUGAAGCUUGCUCCCUACGUUCUACAUGCAGAACAUUUGACAUGUUUUCUACUUCCCUGCUCGUUAUUAAUGAGUCGCACUCAUUUGAACUAAAGCCUCUGAUAUUAAAAUGCUGUAAUUGAGAAGAUUAUAUGGGUAGUUUAGCUAGGUCUUACUGUUAGUUAUAAGGACACACAUUUAUAAGCAAUCUCUAAAGUUGUGAUAUGUUCGUUUUUUCUCCCUAUUCCCGGACUUCUGUUCCUGGUUUUUGAGGAAUAUGUGUGUACAGCAUCUACCGUUUUUAAAUACAAUUCUGCAAAAUAGAUGAUACUGCUGUCUAACCUGUUUGAAAACACAAAAUGCAGAUAAACUGUAUCUAUAAGUGUUUGUGUGAUGUCACUUUAGCGGUACAGUACAGACCAAAUGUGAAACAAUCUGGACCUGACUAGUGUUUCAAUGUUCCCUUAUACAUAUCAGUGACACUUUUUAAUAGCUACAAAAACUACAACCAGCCUUAGUGUCUGACCUGAGUGAUACUGUUCAUACACAGUGACAGAAUACCUCUUAUUGUGAAGUUAAAGUACACACCCUAACAGUGAGAAGUCUGUACUAUAGCCUGAUUUUAGCAUUGAUUGUAUGCAAACAAGUGGACAGUUGGUGGACUAAAAGAGACUUGACUAUGGAAAUCUGGUCUUUAAAGCUUUACAAUCCUCCCUGUGCUCGGGUCCCUGACAGAGUAGGCAGAACGAGCAGAACAUAAUACAUUUCACAUUUGUAAGCUUGCACAAUUAUGUCAUGUGGAGGGGAAGGCGGUCUGUCUUUAAUGUGAUUUAAUGUAUUAUAUAAUUCUUUAAAACAAUAAAACAGUCAUUUCUCUGUGA